ACCAAAACCCCCCCACCCCCUCUCCCCCUCUCCUCUCUUCCCUUCAUAAACACACAAAGAUUACACAGACCGCAGCUCAGGGGGCCAGACCAACAACACUCAGAUAGAGAGGAAAAACUGAGAUACCCUUUUACAUCAUUUUUGCUCUUUUAAUCUUUUAGAUUUAAUCUGUUAACCUGGGAGAAAGAUCUUGUCCUCCUACAAUGCCCCACUUUGUAGUGGACAAGUAAUCUGGAUUGGAGGUUGGUGGUUUUAGGAUCUCUCCACUGUUUAGAGUGACUGGACUUCAUGGAGAGGCAUUGAAGCUGGAAAUGCAUGCAGGGACAUGGUGCAUGGACAAGAGUAUAGUUACUGGUCCGUUCCCUUUUUGGAACAGUGCUACUGGAAAUUAAUUCAUGCUUUUAGGUUUCUAGAAGGUAUCUGUGCUUUGUGCUUUGGGUUUUUGUGCAAUGUCGCGUUGCUUUCCUUUCCCUCCGCCAGGUUAUGAAAAGAAGGCCAGGACUAAUGAUGUGGACUUGCUAAAAAAGGAGAAGCAAAAAGAGAAGAAGCAUAAGAAGGAGAAGAAGGAUAAGGAGAAGAGACAAGGUAAAGAAAAAAAGGAGAAUGAUAGAAGUGAUGGAAAGAAUAGGGACAAGAAAGACAGAAAGGAAAAGGACAGGGAUAAGAAGAAGGAGAAGGACAGGAAUAAGGAUAAAGACAGAGAUAGAAGCAAUCUCACUGACGAGAAAAAGCUUUCAGGGCAUACUGAAGGUCAAAGUAGAGAGAAGACCUCAGAUGAGAAGAAGCUUCAAGAAAAAUCUGAGGGUCACAAUGGAGGGGAAUUUAGUCAAAAAGAGAAGGAAAGGAACAAAUAUAGAAACAGUGUUUCAGGAGAGAAUAAACUUGCAGGACGGUUUUCAGGUUAUAAUGGAGAGAAGCUUAGCCAGAAUAGCCAUCUGGCUCAGGAUUACAAGAAUUCUAAAUUUGUACAGGACUUGGGCCGGAAAGUCAGAGAUGAAGAAAGGGGAACUGAAACUCAGUUGGUUGAGAAGUUUAUGGGAACAGAGCAAAAAAGAGAAGAGGGAUCUGUCAGAUUGCUAUCAUCCAAGAGUGCCAGAAUGUUGGCAGAAGGAAAGGAAAAGAACAAGAAAAGUGACAAUAGGAGGUUGGAUGGGCAAGGAAUUGGGCAGGAGUCAAGAUUUGCUGAAAAUGCUUUGGUCCACAAUGUCUCUGAAGCAGUUCCAACCGGAGUUGAUGGAAUUCCGAGACAAGUGGACAGGGAUGUCGACUGGUGGAUGGAAGUGGACGGGGAUGUCAACUGGUGGAUGGAAGGAAAAGAAAAGACCAAAGAGAAAGAGAUUGAUGAUCGACUUGGGGAUAAACAGAAGGAUAAAGAUGGAGAGAAGAAAAGUCAUGUCAAAGAUAAAGACAAGGAUAAAGAGAAGAAAGAGGAGAAGGCGAAAGCAAAAGGUGAACAGAGGAAUGUGGAGCAGGGUAACUUAAACAAGAGCAAGAAAGUUGGCCCCAUAGAUACUGUUAACCUUAAAGCCUCUCAUCCUUCCAAGGAAAGCAACAAAAAUGCUGUUGUGGAAGAAAAUUUGCGGAAAAGGAAAGAGUUUGAGAACAAUGGUUUUGUACAUGCUAAUGACAUGAAAUCCAAUAAGUUGCUAAAAUCCACUUCCUCUCAUCCAUUGAAGGACAAUGGCACAAUAUUGCAAUCUUGCCAGGUUUCUCUCACACCAGAUGGCCAGGGUGCAGCUACCAAUAUUAAAGUGGAUAGUAAAGAACGCAAGGUAAAUGGUGUAAUUGAAGCUCAGAUGAUUUCUGUCUCCUCAACAAAGUCUUUAUUGGCUGGUGCACAAUUAGUGCAGGCAGAUAAAGUGUCAACUAAACCACCUCAUCCAGAUUCAAAGUUUUUGAGCCAGGUACUCUCAGUGCCCAAAAUGGAAGAGUGGCCUGAUUUUGAUGCACAAGAAUGGCUAUUCGAGAACAAUGGAUCUCAAUCAAAGAAGCCCAACAUGGGAACUUCUGAGAUUGAUAAAACACCCCAGGUAUGGGCAGACUCCCUGUGGAUAGAGUCAGCUGAUGUCCACGCUCUCCCAUAUGUUCUUCCUUACUGACAUUGUUUGGGCACUCGGUCAAUCACCUACUCUUGACUUGGGUACUCUAGUGAUCUGGUUGUGGGAGGGCAGCAUGUGGCCCUUGGUGUCAAGUAUUUGAUUCUGGUUCCGUAUUCUGUCAUCAGUCGUCACACUCCUCCAUUGCAGCGAAUGUUGUGUGAUUAACUGGCAGGAUCAGAGACCAUCAACGUGCCAUGUGAGGGGUGGGUUUUACCUCCUGGCACAAAUUGCUAAUUCAUUUAAAACACAGAAUGCCAUAAAGGUGACUGAACUGCAUGAAGUUGUAUGGAGAGGGAGAUGUGUAAGCUUUGUGCAAUUUGAUUUUAUUUGCUUAAAGCUGGACUAUUGAAAAUGUUGGAGAAACUAGCUGUGGUCUUUGCAACCGCACCACAAUUUUGAUUUGUAACAUAACUCUCUUAUUUACAAAAGAUGUAAGAUAGAUGGGAAAGAAAGUAGGGGCAUUGAUUUAUUCACCUCUCCUGUACCCCCUUUUUUCCUGCAUUUAUUGGUGUUCGUCUGCCUGCUCUUGCAUGGUUUAUCAUAACAGAUGGUAGCGUGGGUUGAUUGUGCACUAGAGUCAUUGAUGUCGAUACUAAAGAAAAUUUAUAAAAGGUU